AUGAAUUCACUAAGCUCCAAUGGCUCUAUUUCCUCUGCCUCGUCGUCCACAACUGCAUCUACUACCUCUACCAAAGUCCGAGCUCGCCGUUCGUCUCUGAACCCGGACAUUUUGACUAGAGAGUUUACGUGCCCGAUGGAGAGCUGCGGCAGGCUUUUUAAGCGCUCUGAACAUCUGAAGCGCCAUAUACGAUCAGUGCAUACACAAGAUAAACCUUUUGGAUGCCCCGUCCUUACGUGUACAAAACGCUUUUCACGCAGUGACAAUUUAAAUCAGCAUAUUCGCAUCCAUCGGCACGAUAAAGAAAAGUCGCAGGCAAACCUCGUCAACUUCACAUUAUUCCAUGCUCCACCCGUGGAUGAAUGA